UUAUACAUGCACAUACACAGUACACAGUCACAGUCACUUACCAAUAAAUAUUUAAUAAGCGUCAACAGGCCGUCACGUGACCAUUACUUGUGUUCCUCUCCUGGCACUCAGCAGCAGCUAGCUUACUUUCUUAGCAGACGCCAACACUAGAAACACUCAAAAAGGUAAAAGAAAAACUGCUUUUAUUCUCAUGAUGAAAUGCAGGCAGCUACGAUGGAUCCCGCGGAAGAGCCCCCAUCCUUGUUAUGGGGAAUGGACCCGGUCUUUUCUGCCUUCGCCAGGCUGUAUAUCAAAGACAUCCUCCAGAUGACAGAGUCCAUCCAGGUGCCAGGUAUUUACUUCUACAACUUCCAUCCGAUCUACAAAGUUGAUGUGCUUGGGACAGUGGUGUACAAGAGGGAAAGAGAGAAGUUCUUCUGCUAUGGAGUGGAUGACGGCACCGGUGUUAUAAACUGUCUGUGCUGGAAAAAUGACCUGUUGAAAGAGGAGGCGGAUCCUGGUAAAUCAGCGGGAAAAGACAGUGACGGGGCUCCAGGGGGCUUCAAUCCAGUCGCAGAGUUGAAAAAGCUGAAACAGGCCCAGCAGAGUCGCUGCCACCUGGAGAUCGGAGAGCUGCUCCGAGUCAGAGGUCCGGUGAAGACGUCGAGACAACAGAGAGAAAUCAUGGCUUCCACCUUCUAUAAAGUGGACGACCCGGUGAUGGCGGUCCAGAUAGCGUGGAUGAUGGAGGUUCCUCAGCUCUACAGACAGUGCUAUGACAAACCACUCCAGCUGCAGCCAGAUGCCACAAGUGACUCUGCCAUCAGUCCCCUCGGCAAGGCAACAAACAUCAUCAAGGAUUUCUUAAAGCAGAGGUCAGUGACCAAGUUCAGACCCUAUGAUGUACUGGAGCUCCUGGAGCCUCUGAUCUCCAGCCACGGUCAAGCCGCUUCAGCAGACCAGGAGCCUGUGGCGGGUCCGUCUGCGUGCCAGCAGCUCCGCCAGCUUCUUAAAGAGACCCUGCAGCUUUUACAGGACGAGGGCGUCGUGUACCGCAAGGUCAGGUCCCAGGAUGAAGUCUAUAAUGUGACCAUCCAGGAUAAAGACCUAUUUAUAGCCGUAAAAGACAUUAUCACAGUGGACUCCAAGAUAGAGAAGUAUGCCGAAAAGGGCUGUCACAUCCUGCACAUCCUGACUGCAGUGAGACACCGGUACAGCCUCAACGUGAGCAAAGCGGUGCUGGAGCUGGUCCUCAAAUCGCUGGAGUGCAACAGUGACAUCGUCAGCACCAGGGACAACUAUUAUACUGUAUUUUAACACGAGUGAGGUGGGGCUAGGUGAAUGCAGCACUACUGUAUGUGUGUAUUUACAGUACUGUGUAUAUUGUGGCUUUUUGCUCCAAAAUGUGAGCGUCCAGUUUCUCGUAAAUCAUGCUUUUCUAUUCUUCUAUUCAAGUAUGGCUCUUGCCAACCUUACCCAAAUGUCACAUUUGCUGAUAUAUUUUAUU